AUGGCUAUCACGGUGAUUUUUCACCCCCAUUUCGCGGGGACAUUUAUUACUCACGCUGAGAGGCAUUUUACCCACAUUUUCACUAAUUAUUUGGCUAAAACGCAAGACACUCAAAGGGAUAUCGAUAUAUAUAAGUAUGCCUAGUGCAAUGGAGAUUUAUAUUGAUCGACUUUUCGACCAGCAUAAAAAUGCUAUAAAAAUGCUCGAAAAAAAUUAAAUUAAUGUAUACAAAAAAUGAGCCUGGGGCUAAGCAAGUAAAUGAGCCCAAGGCUAAGCCAUACUAUACCGAAUUUGUGUUUAUAGAUGACGAAAUAUUUGAUGACGAAUUAUUUGAAGAGCUACUAGACCCAGAUUAUAAAUUAUAUGAUGAGAUCCAAUAUAUCUGUAAACCUGAAGAAGGCUGGUAUGGCCAGCCGAAAUAUUGUUAUAAAAAACAAUACACGAUGUUUUAAAUCCGCUUUGCAGUAGUCUUUGGACUUCUCGUUCUUGGUUCUUUAUAUUUUGGCUGAUUAGAUCUCUUUUCUAGAGAUUCAACGUUUACAACUAGCAGGAUCUUCGUCCACUGUUUUUGCAGUUAAUUUAAUCCAGAAAAUAAUGAAUUAAAUGAGCCUGAGGCUGAGCCAGAAUAUGAUUAUCGAAAAUAUCGAAUAUAUGAACACCCUAAAUUUGCUAAAUAUUAUGACGAAGCAUUUAAUCACGACCGUAUAUUAAAAGAUGCCAAUUGCGGAAAAUAUUUAGUAAUACCAGUAAUUAAUAAGUAACAAAAAUUCAACAAAAAUGACACUCAUGACUGAAGGCAAGGAAUAUGAUUAUCAUAAAUUUUUUAAAGAGUGCCAUGGCAUAAAGCCAUUAACAAAAGAACAACAUGAAUAUUUUGAUAGAAAACGCGAGGCACGUAGAUUAGAAGAAAAAAUGAAACGAAAAAAAAGACGAAAUAAAAAGUAAAAAAAAAAGUAGUUAGUAAAUGAGCUCAAUAUAGAUUGGUAGUUAGUAUAGUAAUCCGGAUUUUAGUUAGUUUUUUAUUUAGUUAGUUGGUUGGCCAACUUAGCUAAUAAUUCAUGGGGUAAUUUUAUGCUAACAGGGGGUAUAUUAUCUUGUUUAGGCUUAGCCUGUCUUUUGGUACCAGUUUUAUUCAAUAAAUGGGGAAACAAAAACCGGUAAAUAAUUAUAAGAUCUAUGACUUGGUUAAGUCUCAUGCGCGUAACAGCAAAGGUCAGGUGUUUCAUUUUUAUUACCUCCUUUUUUAGUUCUUGUCAUGUGAACGUAUUUAAAUUUUUGUUACGUAAUUUUACAAUAUCGAGAUCUAUAAAUAUAUAAAUACGGUAGAUAAAAUAAUUAAACAUUGUAUUAGGUUCCGGUUACCAAGAUCCUAAUACAAGUACCAAAAUAUGAUACAUGUAAUGCAUGGCAUACAUGGAUAUAUAUAAAUAGGUUCUCCAGUUCGGUGGAUAACUUUAUAAUGUGUUUUUCGUGUUUCCUUAGUAAGGAACAGUUUUCCACAGUAUUUACAUGGUACUCUCAUGCCCCGCAUAUAUUCAUGUAUAGCUUUGCAUAUUUUGUCAUAAUUAUUUGACGGGAUAAAUGUAUAGCCAUUAUCAACAUAUCGUUUUUUCAUCUCCUAUUGUGCAUCUUAAACUCGGUAUAUAUUGGUGGGAGAUUUGAAUUCAAUGCCAAGGCCUUCAAAAUCUUUGUGAUAAUUGAGUACCAUCAGAUCAGGCUGUCCUCUCACAUAUCCCUUUUUUAUAUGAGUCGAGUCUCUUAUCCUCAUUAUCCUGAUUCUCCCCGAGACCGGCUACUAAGAUUGAAUCUGGGUAAAAUUUUCUUAUGAGAUCCACAACUUUGUAGUGUAAAUUAGUCUCAUUGCAAAUCAUAAUCAUGUGGUUAUUUGGAUUGUCAAACAGUUUGUACUGGCCAUAUUUUCUUAUGUAUGGGAGUACAUGAGAGAAUACCCAAUCGCAGAAUUUUUUCGCAGCUGGUAAUUUUGAUUCGAAGAAGUAAGUUCAUAAAAACCAGCUUCAUCAAUAAAAUAGGUCUGCGACCAACCAGGUGAAACGCCCGGUUGCCCUGAGAGAUGUUUUAUCUUGCGUUCUUCUGAAACAUGCUUUCUAAUGACAUCACGUGUGUCAGCAUAUCCGAGGAUUUUGGCAACACUAGGUUGAGUAUAGUGCUAUGCCAUUCUUUUCCAACAGUUCCUUCAAAUUUUCGUUAUAAUAUUCUUUCCCUUUAUCAGUCCAAUGAUAUUGUGGCUUACGCCCCUCUUUGAAGAUGGUUUUUGAAUGCUUCUGUGACAGUUUCUCCUUUUUUAUCCAUCAAUGGAACAAUCCAGCCAUGUUUGGAGAACAGAUCUAACACCAUGAGAAGAUAUCUAUGACCUUUGUUCCACUUGCUGAACUGUUACAUUUCAACCAGAUCUGAUCACCAAAUUUUGUCGAUACCGUUUACAACAACCAACGCGCCGCCGAGUAAAGUUACGCUUUAUGGGUUUAUGUAGUUCAUCUGCUAAUUGCUGUUGCCAACUUAUUUCUUUACUCAACGGCUAUUUUAGUUUAAACCGAGCCCGGGUUUCUGUGUUUUGUUAAUUAUAUUUCUGGCUACCCAAUGGCCUCAUUGCCUUUUAUUGUAAGGUAUGGUGUCAAGUGAUUUUACCCUUUUACGGUCAGCCUUAUGUUUGCACUUUUUAUUAUCACCACAGACAUGCUGCAUGGCCACCGCAUCUGUUUUUCCUGUUGGUGGAUCAUAUAUUUCUAAUAUUUUACCAGUAUCUUUAUCGUACCAUACUUGAUUUUCCAAAUCGUUCUACGGUCCUGUAUACCGAUGCCCUGGUAAUGUCCAUCCAGCCUUUGGUUUUGGUAAUUUGCCAAUUUGCUUAUGAAGGUCUAUUCCACUUCCAAAUCCUGAAAAUGCAAAUGAUGGUUUUCUAACCCAACCCAUUUUUUAGCAUAACUUGUAUAAGACCCCUUGUAACCAUUAGCUUUAGCUUUCUUGUAUUACUCUUUGUGGUAUUUAACUUGUUCCUUCAUAUUAGCAAUUUCUUGUUUGUUUAGUGUUUUGAAUAUUAAUCAGGGUCUUUUAACAAUUCUAUUACUUUUUUAUAAUAAACACGAUGCGGGAACCCAAAUACACCUGAUGUUCAAGACGUUAUUCCUUAAUAGCUAUAGGUCAUCGGAACCGAUUUUGGUGACCCGUACUUUGACUGGCAAACAACAAAUUUUUUUGCCUUUUUUUAGCGCAAAUGAAGUCGAAGUUUUCUUUGUGGAUGAUGGAUAACUUUCUGAGGGUGAUUGAUGCGGAGGUUUUAUUCAGACGAUAAAAAUGAUCGUAAACGUUUUACGACUCAGUCAGUUUUCAAUGCUAGAAGUAUCUUUACCGUGAAACCCGGUUCAAGUGUCUUCUUCCUCUUAGGCAAUUUUGUCGGCGUGUUACCUCAAAAAUGAAAGUACUCAAAACCAAGAGCAAAGUAAUCCAAAGCUAUUUCCCCAACCGGAGAUUUUAAUUUGGGAAAAGGUCUAGUGAAACCCUACAAUAGGGAGUUCAGCGUUGGUAUCAGGUCCACGGUCUGGGAUCGAUCGGAAAGAAGGUAACUUGCUCGGUACAGAGGAUAUUGUGAAAGAGUCCAGUGUUUCGUUUACGUUUUCGUCCUUAGAUAGGGAAGACCACAACAAUUCAAACGCUUUGUUUUCAGACGUCAAUUUUCAGUCCGAAAUUCUGUUUUUCAUUUAGAUGAGGAGUACGUUGUUCACAGUGUAUCCCCAAACUUCUAAACCUUUUUAUAUUGCUAAACGGGCACGUUCAGUGUAAGGAUCGAUCGCACAGAUUAGAAACGUCGAACAAAUUCAGAAACAAGUCAUAUUGGCUGGCGAUGGUGGGAGGGUAGGGGUGAUAGGAAUAGGGUGACGCAAGAGAGUCUCCUUCCUAGUUUUUCUUAGCAUAUAAUCAAAUCAAAGUAGUUUCACUAUUCAGCUGAUUUUAAAUACCAGCCGGCGAAACCAGUCGUUUCUCAUCGCUCCUCGCCGCUAGGGACUUUUCAAAAUCUCUCUGGGGGCCUGUUUUCGCAGGCUACUGAUUUAUUUUCCGGGAAUCACCAAUCGCACUGUGGCAUACGGCCUUAUUAAAUUCCAUAGUCUGCUGUUUUGGUGGCCGCUGAGGCUGCUCCAAUGUUAGUUUUCUCUUAACUAAAACUCUUCAUGGUAAGAUUAGCGCAUAAAAAAUCGUAGAGUGCAGUUUGCUGUUAAAUUUGCCUAUUUAAAGAUCAAAAUAACAACGUUACCCCUUUUUUUCAUUUGAAAGGCUUUCUGGAAAAAUAUGUUGCCUAUAAGCAGGCUCCCAGGGAAGAUGGAAAAAUCCAACAGAGAGAUUAAGAUUCACGUUUACCGCAAACGGCAAACGUCAAACUCAAGUUGAGAAUUUCUCAGAAUAGAAAAUAAGCUGAUAAAAACAGUCCCGAGCGAUUCCUAUGGUUAAAACUGGCAUAUGACUACUUUCUUUUGUGUAGAAGCAAUAAAGAGUGAACGGAAAAUAAGGGAAAACUUGGUCACGUGGUACAAAUUGACGUCUGCCGUUUGGCGUAAACGUGAAUCACCUUAAUCUCUCUAAUGUGCUGGCCUAGCUUUAUAGGGACGCUACAAGGCUAAACCUGUACUCGCCAGGGCUAUGAUAGUUUUCAGUAAACAGGGGUAUACUGAUGAAAAUAUAGCGAAAUAUUUUCUCUUUAGUUUUCACUUUUCUGUGAUAAAAAGCAACUUAUAUGGUACUGUACCUGCGAUUUAUUUUUUUAUCUAUUCUAUUUAAUCCUGCAUAUUAAAGAAAGGGCACGGAUAGAAAACAAGUAUUAUAUGGAUUUUAUUGACCACCUCACCUCUCUACAACUGACCCACACAGUCGGAGGUAGGGAAAAAGACAGCAAAUGAAAUAAAACUUUGACAAAACUUUAACAAUGCAAUUCACUCCAAUUUUUUCGAAUAGUGAAUAAUAUCAUUACUCCUCGUUGUACUUGUAGUCGGAAACUGAUUUUUUUAAAAAAGAACUUAUAAAGAUCGAGCGAACCAAGUCCUCAUUGGACUUGGUUGUCAUAGAGAUGGAUUUAACCUCUCUCUCCCAGGAUCAUUCUUUUUAUCGUUACAGUGGAUAUAAUAUUUUUAACAAGCACUGAAAGUCCACAAGAGGAUCGUGGUAAAAUAGGGACAAACGGAAAAGCUCUUUACCACUUGUCCUUAUAUUACUCCUAACAUAUUGCUGAAGCAUUUUGAUUCCCUUCUUCUGAUGACAUAUAAAACUAUAGAGAAACUGUCCAGUGGCCACUUUUGUACCUCUUUGCACGGAUGGUAGAUUAUGUUGUCCAUUUUGCGGAGCGAUUUUCGAGGACUUACAUAUCACCGAGAAGUCAGGCCGUGUACCGCUGUAACAACUUCUUUUAGACCUUUUAUGGUGUUCUUUAUGGUUUAACGUGUUACAAAAGCAAUACAACCACUUCCGUUCUCUGUGCAUAUAAUAAAAAUUAGCAAUGUAUAAGAGACGCAAAAGAGUCUCCUUCCUAUAAAUUUCUUUACCCCGUGAAGACUUGUCUCAAAUUACAAUACAGUACUUUACUUUACUUUAAGGUUUCCUCCCUGUUUUUUAUUUUUAUUUUUCAAAAAAAACAAUUUCACUACAAGUACAACGAGGAAUUAUGAUAUCAUUCGCUAUUCGAUAAAAUCAGAGUGAAUUAAAUUGUUGAAGUUUUAACUUAAAUUUACAUUGUAAUUUGCUGCUGCAUUUCUUUUUCUGCCUUUGAUUGUGGAGAUAAGCGGGAUGCUCAAUAAAAUUCUUAUAAUACUUGGUUCCCAUGCGUUCCCUUUUCUUAAUCAAAAAUAAUAAAGAAAAUAAAAGGCAGGCACAGCACUCUAUAAGUUGCUUUUUAUUACCAAAAAGUGAGGAUCAAAAAAAUCAUUUCAUUUGCAUCAGUAUUCUGAGGCUUUUCCCGAAACUGGCGUGUGUAGGUACAGCAUUGCAUAUCAUCCAUGUGAGGGUAGUGCUGCAAUGCAUUUUUCCAACCUCCCGCGACCCUAGCCUGUUCACAGGCAGGUCAGUUUUCUAGCGCUAGCCUUUCAACUAAAAAGGGGGUGCGUUGUUAUCUCGUUUCAAAAGAAGCAAAUUUAACAGCAAACUUCUCUCUACGAUUUUGAGCCAAGUCUUUUAUGUGCAAAUCUUAUCGUUACAGUGGACAUGAUAAUACCGUUGACUAGAAAUCUUGUACUAAACUCAGGAGAAAUGUACGUAAUCAGAAAUAACAUCGCCCCCUUGGGAUAUUGAAGGGAGAGAUUGUUUAAGGCACUGAAAGUCUGCAAGGAGAUUGUGGCAAAAUACGGGCAAGCGGGAGAACUCCUUAACACUUGCUUUUUAUUUUGAAUAAUAUUUAUUCAGGGGUGCCCAGUUCAGCGAGGCUGGUUUGAAUGGGGCCCUGAUGAAAAGAAAAAAAAACCAACACAAAAAACAAUAAGAGAUAAAAAAAAUUGGAACAACUAAGUAUAGUGAAAGUAUUGGAGGCUCAAUUUGGCUUGGAUCUAAAGUACCCUUUUAGGCCAAACUCAAACUUAUUUAAAUCAUGCUCGCUCAUCAGGGCCAGAGGAAGCGUGUUCCAGAUCUUGGCUCUGCUGAACCUGAAGGAGCCCUAGUACAGCUGUACUUAGUUUAUAGUUGACAUGUUCCACAAGCAUUUAGAUUCCCCGGCUUCUUCUGAUCGCAUAGAGGAGGAGAAACUGUUCGGUGGCGCUGGCAUGGCGCUGGCUACUUUCCACAAACUAUUUAAGAAAGCUGCAGAACAAGCUCCACGGCCUUCUCCCUGCUCUUAAUACCCGUAGUUCGAACCUAAGAAACGCAUGGAAAUUUAGGCCCGUAAUAACGUCCAACGCCCUCAAAGCUUAAACUGUGUUCCCGGUCUAUAGUUUUAGAAGUUUCGAUUGCUUUUCAUCAUAUCGAUUUUUUAUUUUUUAACAAAUCACAAUUUUACUGUAGUGUAUUCAUGUAUUGUUUCAAUUAUUCGUUUCUUUCAUUUGUCGUCAUAAAUUAGCUUAUUAGUCGUAGUAUUUUAAAUAAUGAUAAUUAUUUGUAAAUAAUCGCCUAAUUCAACCUCUGUGUUGUGAUGUGAUCAUAAAUAAACUAUCUUGUACCUCUUUGCAAGGCGGGGUAGAUUUGGUCAUUCAUCAUGAUGCCAUAGUGUUGCCCAUUUUGCGGAGCGAUUUUCGAGGGCUUUACAAAUCGCCGAGAAGUCAGGCCGUAAGCCGCUGCAGCCACCGCUUUUAGAUACUUUAUGGGUUUGUAAUGGUUACCACUGUUACUGUCCUGCUCAUGUAUCCAGACUGCCUUAUGAAUUUAUGCUAUCUGAAGGGUUCGUGACCUCUUGAUAUUGCGUGAUAUUGUGCGACAGAUCGCGUGACGUUUUUAUAUUGCGCGUGUGCGGGUAUCAUUUGUUGCCGGACUCAAAGCGCGUUCAAAGGUGUAAAGGUUUUAAAAAAGGCGAGAUAUUUUGACGUCUUACCACAGGCCGACUAAACGAAUAUGUCUACCGAAACAAACUGGCAAACAGCAAGACCCACUAUCAGAGAAAGAGCCAAGUUCAUGCUCAACAACGAUCGAUUGAGCGAUGUCAGGUUUGUUGCUGCAAACAGAGAUGGCAAAAGCGAAAGUAAGCAAGUGAUUCGAGCUCACAAAUUUAUACUGGCGAUUGGCAGUCCUGUGUUUGAAGCCAUGUUUUACGGUGACCUGGCGGAGACUAAAGAAACUAUUGAACUGCCUGACUGUGAUUACGAGAGUCUGUUGGAGUUGUUUCGUUACAUUUACAGCGAUGAAGUGAAUUUGAGCGGAAGUAAUGUGAUGGGGGUGUUGUACUUGGCCAAGAAAUACAUUGUGCCUUCACUCACUGAUAAAUGCACGGAGUAUCUGAAAGAGAAGUUGGAUCCUUCCAAUGUUUUCAGCAUUCUGCCAUGUUCACUGAAAUAUGAAGAAAAAGCCCUGGAAGAUCGAUGCUGGAAAGUGAUUGAGAAUCAGACCGAAGCGGCUGUGAAAUCGGAAGGAUUUGAGACAAUUGAGAGGUCUUUACUUGAAGCAAUAGUCGCAAGAGACACACUGACGAUUAAGGAAGUAGCCUUGUUUAAAGCUGUAGAUAGGUGGGCAACACAACAUUGCCAGAAGCAAAGUUUAGCAGUAGAAGGUAAAUUAAAAAGAAGAAUUCUGGGCGACGAAGUAAUAAAAGCAAUACGCUUUCCAGUGAUGACUGCAGAGGAGUUUGCUGAUGUUGUUCUUGAUACCAACAUUCUUCAUACCAAUGAAAUAACCUCCCUUUUUAAGUUUUUCAACUCAGCAUCGCCUUCUCCUGUGGAGUUUUCAACUACUCUGAGACGUGUACAAGGUACUGCCCUUCGCGAGAUUCACCGAUGUGGAAGGUUUCGAUCGGUGGAAGAGAAUACUUGGCUUUACUCUGGACACGACAAAGACCUUUUAGCGUUAGUUGUGGAUCGAGACAUCACUCUACAUGGAGUCUGUUUGUUUGGUAGUAAAAACAACAGCUACACAGUGACAUUGGAGGUGAAGGACACCACUAAAGGACCUAAAGACACAACUGUAGUGUCUAAAUCAGGAAAGUAUCUAUCAAAACUUUUGGGGGCCUAUUAUGGAUAUGAAGUUUUGUUCGACUCUGCCGUUUCUUUGAAAAUGAAUACCCGUUAUCGAAUUGAAGCGUUAAUAUGUGGCCCAGCAUCUGAAAAAGGACAUACUGGCAUUCAAACUGUGACAAAGUGUGGCGUUACAUUCACAUUU